CGGCGUCACAAAGGAGCCAGAAACCAGGAAGCAGCCCGGCCCCACGUGACGCCGCCUCCCACAGGCCUCCCAGGGAGGCCACCCCCUUGCCAGCAGGCACAACUGAAAACCACCGUGACCCAACCUUCCCAGAGCUGAGACCAGAGGCUAAGAACGCUCCGGUGGCCUAGGGUUGUACUGUGCCCAUGCCUUUCUGGCUCCUCAAGUGCCCACAAGUCAGAAGGAAGUGAACUCACAGGAUGCAGGGAGCCUGGCUGAUGGGGAAGCCGCAGAGCCCCGUGGGGCCUGGACACAGGCGCUGGCGCUUCCUGGAGGGCGGGCUGCUGCUGCUGCUGCUGCUGCUGGCCGCGGCCCUCGCCGCCCUGGGCGUCCUCUACAACAGAGGGAAGCAGCUGUCCCCCAUAUCUAGCCGCCCGUGCUUCUCCAAGGAAGAAAGGACCAUUGUAAACCGAGAACCCCGAGCAAUCAGAGGGUCCCGGGAGGCUGAGGUGUGCACCACCCCCGGCUGUGUGAUGGCGGCCGCCAGGAUCCUGCAGAACAUGGACCCCUCCAAGGAGCCCUGUGACGACUUCUACCAGUACGCCUGUGGGGGCUGGCUGCGGCGCCAUGUGAUCCCGGAGACCAACUCUCGCUACAGCGUCUUCGACAUCCUACGGGAUGAGCUGGAGGUGAUCCUCAAAGGAGUGCUGGAGAACUCCAGUGCGCAGGACCGGCCGGCCGUGGCAAAGGCCAAGACGCUGUACCGUUCCUGCAUGAAUGAGAGUGUGAUAGAGAAACGGGACUCCCAGCCCCUGCUGGACAUCCUUGACAUCGUGGGAGGCUGGCCAGUGGCCAUGGACAACUGGAAUGAGACCGUGGGCCCGCGGUGGGAGCUGGAGCGGCAGCUGGCGGUGCUGAACACGCAGUUCAACAAGCGUGUCCUCAUCGACUUCUUCAUCUGGAAUGACGACCAGAACUCCAGCCGUCACAUCAUCUACAUAGACCAGCCCAGCCUGGGCAUGCCGUCCCGUGAGUACUACUUUCAUGGAGGUACCAACAAGAAGGUGCGGGACGCCUACCUGCAGUUCAUGACGUCAGUGGCUUUGAUGCUGAGAAAGGACCUGAACCUUCCCACGAACAGCUUCCUCGUGCGCCAUGAGAUGGCGCAGGUGCUGCAGUUCGAGACACAGCUGGCCAAUGCCACGGCGCCCCAGGAGGAGAGGCAUGACGUGACCGCCCUGUACCACAGGAUGGAUGUGGAAGAGCUGCAGAACAAGUUUGGCCUGAAGGGCUUUAACUGGACGCUCUUCAUACAAACGGUGCUGUCCUCCGUGCGGAUCAAGCUCCUGCCGAACGAGGAGGUGGUGGUCUAUGGCAUCCCCUACCUGCAGAACCUCGAAGACAUCAUCGACCUCUUCUCGCCCAGGACCAUGCAGAACUACCUGGUCUGGCGUCUCGUGCUGGAUCGCGUCAGCAGCCUGAGCCAGCGCUUCAAGGAUGCGCGUGCCAAGUACCGCAAGGCGCUGUACGGGACCACGGUGGAGGAGGUGCGCUGGCGGGAGUGCGUCAGCUAUGUCAACAGCAACAUGGAGAGCGCCGUGGGCUCGCUCUACGUCAGGGAGGCCUUCCCCAGGGACAGCAAGAAGAGGGUCAGGGAGCUCAUCGACAAGGUGCGGGCCGUGUUCGUGGAGACCCUGGACGAGCUAAGCUGGAUGGACAAUGAGUCCAAGAGGAAGGCCCAGGAGAAGGCCAUGGGCAUCCGCGAGCUGAUCGGCUACCCUGACUAUAUCCUGGAGGAAAAGAACAGGCACCUGGACGAGGAGUAUUCCAAUCUGAACUUCUCAGAGGACCUGUACUUUGAGAACGGCCUGCAGAACCUCAGAGCGGGGGCCCAGAGGAGCCUCAAGAAGCUGCGGGAGAAGGUGGACCAAAGUCUCUGGAUCAUCGGGGCUGCAGUAGUAAACGCCUUCUACUCGCCAAACCGAAACCAGAUCGUGUUCCCAGCUGGAAUCCUGCAGCCCCCCUUCUUCAGUAAGGAGCAGCCACAGGCUUUGAACUUCGGGGGCAUCGGGAUGGUGAUCGGGCAUGAGAUCACACACGGCUUUGAUGACAACGGCCGGAACUUUGACAAGGAUGGCAACAUGCUGGAGUGGUGGAGUAACUUCUCGGCGCAGCACUUCCAGGAUCAGUCACAGUGCAUGAUCUACCAGUAUGGCAACUACUCCUGGGACCUGGCGGACCAGCAGAACGUGAACGGCUUCAGCACCCUCGGGGAGAACAUCGCUGACAAUGGUGGGGUGCGGCAGGCCUACAAGGCUUACCUCAAGUGGAUGGAAGAGGGCGGCCAGGACCAGCAGCUGCCCGGCCUGGAGCUCACCUACGAGCAGCUCUUCUUCAUCAACUACGCCCAGGUGUGGUGCGGGUCCUACCGGCCCGAGUUCGCCAUCCAGUCCAUCAAAACAGACGCCCACAGCCCCCUGAAGUACAGGGUGCUGGGCUCACUGCAGAACUUGGCAGCCUUCGCGGACGCAUUCCACUGCUCCCUGGGCACCCGUAUGCACCCCAAGGGCCGCUGCCGUGUGUGGUAGCCACGGCCAAGCGGCUGUGCAGCCCUCACCCACCCGCUGCCCAGCAGCUGGCGGGACCCUGCGUGCACCCGUGCCCCACGGCAGAUGGUGCCUGCCUGGCCUGCGCCCCAGCAUGGAGUGCAGCCACCCGGGUCAGCAGCAGUGCCCAGCCGGCCCAAGGGCCGCCGAAGAGGGUCUGCGCCCCCAUGGCAGCCCCGCAGACAUGGCCAACCGCCUCCUGCCCACUUGCCAAAGCGCCUCGUCUUCCGGGGUCCAGUGCUUAACACUCGAGCUGAGUAAACGCUUCAAAGAA